AUGGUUCCGUGCCGGCUUCCACUAAAGGCACUAGAGGAGCAUGUUAUUAUUUCAACAAUAGAUGGAAUACCAGGCCUAUCUCCACUCCGUCUUCUCGACCUUACCACUUCGCUCCUCUAUCAAUCGCCUUCAAAUAUCCCACUUUUCCCAGAACACAUGUCACGCGGUGAACCCUCGCAGCCCCUUGGUGGGGCUUCUCAGACUUCGCCAUGCAAUAAGGCUAUCGGCUUUAUUAACUAA